CAUCAAACUCCACACAUUCUUUUCUUCGGUCCAGAUCCAGUUAUCUACCAACUCCGUUCAUUCUUUUCAACAACACCUCCGUUACAGUCACUACCUUACCAACUACACAACAAAUAACACACCCAAACCACCAAAAUGCAGUUCUCCAUCGCCAAGGUUGCUUCUCUCUUCGUCCUCCUCUCGGUUGCCUCUGCCGAUCUUCACGACAACUGCGCCUGUAACAACGGUGACAGCUACAACUGGCGCAUUACCAUCAAGGCUUGCGAGCUUUACGCCACCAAGAACUACCAGUGGGGCAAGGGCACCUACAACAACGAGACCGGACGUUGCGUCCAGAACUCCGCCAGCGAUCAGCUCGCCGGUAAGGAGUGGGAGGCUUCUUGCCGCGAUAUCGCCAACACCGGCUUCGACUGCGCCGACGGCAAGGGCCUGUACUGCAAGGCCAACCCCGACGAUGUCCGCGGCAGCUGCUAAGCGUCUCUCGCUUAGAGAUAUCCUGGGGGGCCUAAAGAUUCGGGAAGCCAUCCUCUCCUCCUUCACACUAGCAAGGCCAGCCUGUUCAUAAGGCUGGAUGAAAACAGCCCAGUCAUCAUGCACUCCACACCCACCAUCCUUAGCCGGCUCUCUGGAUCGUGGUGCCUUCGAGGGGAAUGAAACAAGAGGCUGCCUUGAUCUGGGGAGGUGGCUUUUACAACAGCGGUAGUGGAAAAUUUGGUCCGUUUAGUUUUUCACGAAAUUCGAGGCGUUGCUGGUGUUUCGUAUCAAUACCUAUAGAUGUGUGGCAUUGCGAGUCGUAAAUAUGAUCGGCGCUCUCUGAGCGUCGUCCAUAAAUCAAACAAAUAGAUCUGCAUGUUUUGCAAUUA